UCCAUGUCUAUCCUGAGCCCACGACUUAACCUGCGCACCCGCCGAACCUUCUCCUCAAUCUCCGCCGCUGUCUGCCAAGACACCACUGUCUGGACCCAAGCCCCUCUCACCCUCAUCUCCCCUGCCGCCGAGUCUCUCUUCCACGUCAGCAUCGACGUCUCGGAUUCUCCCGAUCUCGCUGCAUCCCACUCGCGGCCCGGGCAGUACCUGCAGCUCCUUGUCCCUGAUGCUGCCGAGCCUGCCUUCCUCACCAUCGCCUCACCGCCUUCUCUCGCUGCUUCGAAAGGCGAGUUCGAGUUCCUGGUAAAGACCUUCGCGGGUUCCACUGCCGAGCUUCUGUGCGGUCUCCAGAAAGGAGAUGUGGUCGAAUUGAGUCCGGUGAUGGGGAAGGGAUUUGACGUCGAUGCGAUAUCACAGCCGGAGUUGUUCCAGACAGUGCUGAUCUUCGCGACUGGGUCCGGAAUCAGUCCAAUCCGGUCCCUUAUCAAGACAGGUUUCAAUGCUGAUAAGAGAUCAGAUGUACAGCUUUAUUACGAGGCUAGAAACCUCUAGAGAAUGGCCUAUCAGGAUAGGUUCAAGGAUUGGGAAUCUUCUGGUGUUCGAAUCGUACCCAUAUUAUCACAACCGGAUGAUAGAUGGAAAGGUGAAAGUAGCUAUGUACAGGUUGCUUUUGCUAGAGCCAAACAAAUAUCCAACCCUUUGUCCACUGGUGCAGUUCUUUGUGGGCACAAACAAAUGACUGAGGACGUUAUAUCUGUUCUCACCACAGAUGGAGUCUCAAGAGACAAGAUAUUGAUGAACUUCUAAUUAUGGCUGGUAUGCAUGCAGUUUAUGUGUUGUGUAGCAUUCUCAAC